UUUGGCUUUGGCUACUGUCCUCUCUCUCUCUCUCUCCUCUCUGCUCCAUUUCUCUCUCUAAAUCUGAAAGCAGAGCAAAGAAUCGAGAGCGAGAGAGCAUGGAGCGAGCGUGAGUGUUUAUGGUCUCUGGUCAAAGAAGGAAGAAGAGAGAUAGAGAGAGCAUAAUAGGCGUAGAUAGACCGUGGAAUCUCAGAAAGAAGAAAAAAAAAUUCCCAAAAUCCAAAAAAAAAAAUCGAAAACAAGAACAAAAAUUGGUCAUGGUCUUAAUUAGGGUUCCUUUUAAAACAAACCCAUCUUCUUCAUCAUUCAUUCUGCGUCUCCGUACGGUCUAUCCACUCCUCUCUUACUCUCCCUCUCUCUCUAACACUUUUUAUCUUUCAAUUUCAAUUUCAAUUUAAUUGUUGUUGUUAUUGCUAAUGGGAUUGAGCUUUUCAUAGAUUUAUAUACAAUUUUACUAUAUAGAUUGCUAUACUUAUAGAUACUGAUUAUAGUCUGAUAGAUAUAGCUUUAGUAGAUAGUAGAGCUGUGAGCUUAUAAUGGAGGAGGAGGCUAGGGUUUCAGGGAACACUGGGACUGGGAAUGGCUCGGAGGCCAUUCGAGAUUCCUCCUACUGGCUCGAUGCUUGUGAGGACAUAUCAUGUGAUGUAAUUGGUGAUUUGGUUGAUUUCUGCGACGCUCCAGUUGGUGGUCCUCCGGUGUUGGCCAACGGCAAUGACUGCAGCCAGGAGGAAGAUGGUCUGGUGAGCGAUUUUUUCGGGGGAAUUGAUCACAUUCUUGACAGUAUCAAGAGCGGAGCUGGCCUCCCCGGCGUGAUUGAUCCGAAUUCGAAUGCCAAUGCCAAUGGUGUUAUUGGCAAUGCUGCUGUGGAGGGUUGCUUUCAGAUGGAGGCAUCUGGGGUUUCGAAGACGGUGGAAGUUAAUGGCUCGGUUGGGCUCAAUGGUGAAACCGGUGGGAGGAAUUUGGAUAUUGCUAAUGGAGACACUAAGGGUGAUCGAAAUGGUUAUCAUAAGUAUGAGAAGGGUAGGGGCAAUGGGGUUGUGAGGAGGAGAGAGAUGAAUGGUGAAGAGAGAUGUCCCAAGAGGGUUGCUUUGGAUGAUGGCAGGAAUGAGAAGUAUUAUGCUUCAGGCAGAAUGCAACAUCACAUGAGGGAGAAUAGUUAUAGUAGGAAGAGGCCUCGUGAUUCAGAGGAUAUUGAUUGGAGGGAUAGAGAUAGAGAUAGGGAUAGAGAUCGGACUAGGAGAAGAGAGAAUUAUGGUAGUAAUAAUAGGAGGGAAGGUGGUAGAGAUAGGGAGGCAAAGGGUUAUUGGGAGAGGGAUAAGUUGGGAACGAAUGAUAUUGUUUUUCGAAUAGGGCCUUACGAACCUGAUCAUAACAAAGAAGGGAAGAUUACUGAUGUCAAAAACCAGGAAUGCAAUGGGAAGGUUGAGAAGAAACCCGAAGAGGUUAAAGAAAAAAUUCCUGAGGAGAGAGCCAGGCAGUAUCAAUUGGAUGUUCUUGAACAGGCGAAGAAGAGAAAUACAAUAGCUUUUCUUGAAACAGGGGCGGGAAAGACGCUCAUUGCUGUUCUCCUCAUCCAAAGUAUUUGCAAUGAUAUGCAAAGGCAGAACAAGAAGAUGCUCUCUGUAUUUUUAGUUCCUAAAGUUCCCCUUGUUUAUCAGCAAGCAGAAGCUAUUCGUGAGCGAACUGGUUACGAAGUGGGCCAUUAUUGUGGUGAGAUGGGUCAAGAUUUCUGGGACACCCGAAGAUGGCAGCGUGAGUUCGACACAAAACAGGUUCUGGUAAUGACAGCCCAAAUUCUGUUGAACAUUCUGAGGCACAGCAUUAUAAAAAUGGAAUCAAUCAAUCUCUUGAUUCUGGAUGAGUGUCAUCACGCUGUGAAGAAACAUCCAUAUUCUUUAGUGAUGUCUGAGUUCUAUCACACAACCCCAAAGGAGAAGAGACCGGCUGUAUUUGGAAUGACUGCUUCUCCUGUCAACUUAAAGGGUGUUUCCAGCCAAGUAGAUUGCGCAAUAAAGAUUCGUAAUCUCGAAAGUAAACUAGAUUCCAUCGUUUGUACCAUAAAAGACCGUAAGGAGCUUGAAAAGCAUGUUCCAACGCCCUCCGAAAUUGUGGUGCAGUAUGACAAAGCAGCCAGCUUAUGGUCCCUUCAUGAGCAGCUAAAACAAAUGGAAGGGGAAGUUGAAGAAGCUGCAAAGUCUAGCUCUAGAAAAAGUAAAUGGCAGUUUAUGGGAGCUAGAGAUGCUGGGGCUAAGGAAGAGCUGCGCCAAGUUUAUGGUGUUUCCGAAAGAACAGAAAGUGAUGGGGCUGUGAACUUAAUUCAAAAGUUGAGGGCUAUCAAUUAUGCACUCGGUGAACUGGGUCAAUGGUGUGCUUACAAGGUUGCACAAUCUUUCUUGACAGCUCUGCAAAAUGAUGAGAGGGCAAACUACCAGCUUGAUGUCAAGUUUCAGGAAUCCUACCUGAGUAAAGUUGUAUCUCUCUUACAAUGUCAUCUAUCGGAGGGAGCUGUUUCUGACAAGGAAGCAAAAGUGGCAGAUUCGGAAAGUGUCAUUUGUUGCGAUGAAAAUGACCCUGAUGAAAUAGAAGAAGGAGAGCUACCUGAUAGCCAUGUUGUCUCUGGUGGGGAGCAUGUAGAUGUGGUAAUAGGAGCUGCUGUAGCUGAUGGGAAGGUGACUCCAAAAGUGCAGUCACUGAUUAAAGUACUUCUCAAGUAUCAGCAUACAGAAGAUUUUCGUGCAAUCAUCUUUGUGGAGCGAGUUGUGUCUGCUUUAGUCCUUCCUAAGGUAUUUGCAGAACUUCCUUCUUUAGGUUUUAUUGAGUGUGCAAGCUUGAUUGGGCACAACAAUAGUCAGGAAAUGCGAAGUUGCCAAAUGCAGGAUACUAUUGCCAAAUUCCGGGAUGGUCGUGUCACAUUAUUAGUUGCCACUAGUGUUGCUGAGGAAGGACUUGAUAUUCGGCAGUGCAAUGUUGUUAUUCGCUUUGACCUUGCAAAAACUGUUUUGGCUUACAUUCAGUCUAGGGGUCGUGCUAGAAAACCUGGGUCAGAUUACAUCUUGAUGGUGGAGAGGGGAAAUCUGUCGCAUGAAGCAUUCUUAAGGAAUGCCAGGAAUAGCGAGGAGACUUUACGGAAAGAAGCAAUAGAGAGAACUGACCUGAGUCAUCUGAAGGAUACUUCUAGGUUAAUUUCAGUGGAUACAACACCAGGUACAGUGUACCAGGUCGAGUCAACUGGUGCUGUUGUAAGCUUAAAUUCUGCUGUUGGGCUCAUACAUUUCUACUGCUCUCAGCUUCCCAGUGACAGGUAUUCAAUUCUUCGUCCCGAGUUUGUCAUGGUGAGGCAUGAGAAGCCAGGAGGUCCCACAGAAUAUUCAUGCAAACUUCAACUCCCUUGUAAUGCACCAUUUGAGACACUUGAGGGUCCCGUGUGCAGUUCAAUGCACCUUGCACAACAGGCUGUUUGUUUGGCUGCUUGCAAGAAACUCCAUGAAAUGGGAGCAUUUACCGACAUGCUCUUGCCAGACAAGGGAAGUGGGGAAGAAAAAGAACAGGUUGACCAGACUGAUGAAGGAGAUCCACUUCCUGGGACUGCUAGGCACAGAGAGUUCUAUCCUGAAGGCGUAGCUAAUAUUCUACAGGGAGAAUGGAUCUUAUCCAGAAGAGAUUUGGGCAGUGACUCCAAAUUGGUUCAUGUUUACAUGUAUGGUGUGAAAUGUGUAGACGUUGGCUCUUCAAAAGAUCCAUUCUUGACUCAAGUUUCGGAUUUUGCAGUUCUAGUAGGCAAAGAACUGGAUGCAGAGGUGUUAUCGAUGUAUAUGGAUCUAUUUAUCGCUCGAACCAUGACUACAAAGGUGUCCCUUGUCUUCAAGGGUUCAAUAGAUAUUACUGAAAGUCAGUUGGCAUCCCUUAAAAGUUUUCAUGUGAGAUUGAUGAGUAUUGUACUGGAUGUGGAUGUUGAACCUUCCACCACUCCUUGGGAUCCUGCAAAGGCUUAUUUGUUUGUUCCUGUGGUCGGUGAUAAGUUUGUAGAUCCUAUGAAAGAAAUUGAUUGGGAUCUGGUUGAAAAUAUAAAUGGUGCAGAUGCUUGGAACAAUCCCCUUCAAAGAGCUCGACCAGAUGUUUACCUUGGCACAAAUGAGCGUACACUAGGUGGAGACAGAAGGGAGUAUGGUUUUGGGAAAUUGCGUAAUGGCAUGGCUUUUGGGCAAAAAUCCCAUCCAACCUAUGGUAUCAGAGGUGCUGUGGCACGGUUUGAUGUUGUUAAAGCUUCUGGAUUGGUACCAGAUCGGGAUGCCCUUGAAAUGAGAAAGCGUAUGGAUUUGCCUAAAGGCAAGUUAAUUAUGGCAGAUACUUGUAGCAGUGUCAAAGACUUGGUAGGGAGGAUUGUGACAGCUGCUCACUCAGGAAAGAGGUUUUAUGUGGAUUCAAUAUGCUAUGAUAUGACUGCAGAAAACUCUUUCCCAAGGAAAGAAGGCUACCUUGGCCCUCUGGAGUACAGCUCAUACGCUGAUUAUUACAAGCAAAAGUAUGGAGUUGAGUUGGUUUAUAAACAACAACCUCUAAUAAGAGGACGCGGUGUCUCAUAUUGUAAGAAUCUCCUGUCUCCUCGAUUUGAACACAUGGAAGAACACAAUGGUGAAUCAGAAGAGACUCUUGACAAAACGUACUAUGUUUUCCUCCCUCCUGAGCUGUGUUUAGUACACCCACUGCCUGGAUCACUUGUCCGUGGAGCCCAGAGAUUGCCCUCGAUAAUGAGAAGGGUUGAAAGCAUGCUGCUUGCAGUUGAACUUAAAGAUAUAAUAAAUUAUCCUAUCCCUGCUUCAAAGAUCUUGGAAGCCUUGACAGCUGCUUCAUGCCAGGAGACGUUUUGCUAUGAAAGAGCAGAGCUUCUUGGUGAUGCUUACCUGAAAUGGGUUGUUAGUCGAUUUCUCUUUCUUAAAUACCCUCAGAAACAUGAGGGUCAGCUUACUAGGAUGAGGCAACAAAUGGUGAGUAACAUGGUUUUAUAUCAGUAUGCAUUGAAGAAAGGACUUCAAUCAUAUAUCCAAGCAGAUCGCUUUUCUCCAUCUCGGUGGGCUGCUCCUGGGGUCUUGCCUGUCUUUGAUGAGUAUACGAAGGAUGAAGAAUCAUCCUUGUUUGAUCACGAGGAUGGGCCUGUAGGUGAAAUCGAUCGCUCUGGUGAUGCAUAUGAGGAUGAUGAGCUAGAGGAUGGUGAGCUUGAGAGCGACUCAAGUUCUUAUAGAGUCCUCUCUAGCAAGACACUUGCAGAUGUUGUCGAAGCACUUAUUGGAGUUUAUUAUGUAGAAGGCGGGAAAAACGCUGCUAACCAUCUCAUGAAAUGGAUUGGAAUUGAGGUAGAGUUUAAUCCUGAUGGGGUAGGGAGCACUGCAAAGUCAUCUACCGUUCCAGAGAAUGUACUUAGGAGUGUCAACUUUGAUGCCUUAGAGGGUGCUUUGAAUAUCAAAUUUAAAGAUAGGGGCCUUUUGGUAGAAGCCAUUAGUCAUGCGUCCCGACCGUCUGCUGGAGUGUCCUGCUAUCAGCGAUUGGAGUUUGUUGGCGAUGCCGUCUUAGAUCAUCUCAUUACAAGGCAUUUGUUCUUCACAUACACAAAUCUGCCUCCAGGCAGGUUGACUGACCUGCGAGCUGCUGCUGUUAACAAUGAAAAUUUUGCACGUGUUGCUGUAAAACAUAAACUCCAUCUACACCUUCGGCAUGGGUCAAGUGCCCUUGAAAAACAGAUUCAUGACUUUGUGAAGGAAGUGCAAAAUGAAUUAUCAAAGCCAGGGUUCAACUCCUUUGGUUUGGGAGAUUGCAAAGCUCCAAAGGUUCUUGGGGACAUUUUUGAAUCUAUUGCGGGUGCCAUUUUUCUUGACAGCGGACGUGAUACUGCAGUCGUUUGGAAGGUCUUUCAACCUCUAUUGCACCCAAUGGUUACUCCAGAGACACUCCCAAUGCAUCCUGUGCGAGAGCUGCAAGAAAGAUGCCAGCAACAGGCUGAAGGCUUGGAAUACAAAGCCACUCGAAGUGGAAAUUUGGCUACUGUCGAAGUUUUCAUUGAUGGCAUCCAGAUGGGAAUUGCUCAGAAUCCGCAAAAGAAGAUGGCACAGAAACUGGCUGCUAGGAAUGCACUUGCUGCUUUGAAAGAUAAGGAAACAGCUGAAGCAAAAGAGAAGGAGGAGAAUGGGAAGAAGAAGAAGAAUGGUAGCCAAACAUUUACCCGACAAACCUUAAAUGACAUCUGCUUGCGAAAAAAUUGGCCCAUGCCAUUCUACCGGUGCGUGAAUGAAGGUGGCCCUGCACAUGCAAAGAGGUUCACGUUUGCAGUACGUGUGAAUACCACCGACAGGGGACAGACAGACGAAUGCGUGGGAGAGCCUAUGCCCAGUGUUAAGAAGGCCAAGGACUCGGCAGCAGUUCUUCUCUUGGAACUUUUAAAUAAGUUAUACUCGUGAUGGCAUUGAAGGGUGGUGUUUGCAACUCUAGCAUUGCUUUUGCUAUUUUACCAGAAGCAAGCUGUAACUUCAACCUGAUAUGCCAUAUUUUCUGUAUCUCAAGUGUUUAAAAUGAACUCAACACAUUACACGUGCAUGUCCAAUUGAACAAAAGGUAGCAAAUGUGAGCUGAUUUUUUGUAUCAACAACAAUUUUUCGUAUGGCUGUUAAAAUGACUUUGGUAUUUUAUACAUGUGAUUUUGCCUAUC